AUGGCAGUUUUAAAACCAUCAGGCCCCUGAAGCCUGCAGCUCCUUCCUUUCUUCCACGGGAUCUUCCUUCAUCUUCAAGAAAUAAUGUCCUUGUGCGACAAGGCACUGCAAGACCACUCAGCAGCAGUAAGGAUGAACGCCAGGGUUUGCCUUGGCUGGCCGAAAGUGCCUCCUUUUGGUGCUCCCUGCAUCAACCUUAAGGCAGUGUUCCAUUCCCAUGGCAACGCAUUGUCUCCAGAUCCAGAAGCCCAGCUUCAGCGAGACUCCUCAUGGCCCGGGCACCCGCACAGGCCCGAGGUAGCAGAGGUCUGAACUGCCUGGCCCGGAAGAUGCAAGCCAACCCCAUCUGCAUUCCAACUGUUAGCAAUGACGCCGACUGGGACUUCUGCUUCCACCUGUCACAGCAAACUGGAAUCCCAGCACAAGAAACAGAUGACUUGUUCUCUACUUGUUACUGUGAGGAGACUGAGGAAGACACUGCACAUCAGGAAGCGGGGAUGACCGUUGACUGUCUGUCUAUUCCCAAAAAAAAGUUAGCUCAGUCCCAGAAGAAAAUUAAUCAAUUCAUUAACAGCAAAAUGAGCACCAAAGCAAACAAGGAGCUGAUUCGGUGUUUCAUCCUCUCUCAGAUUGUUUUUGGGAAAGAACAUUGGAAAUGUGCACAGGCUUUAGCCAACCUGGCGUAUGGUUACCUGACACUGAGAGGCCUCCCAGCUCAGGCCAAGAAACAUGCGGAGAAAGCCAGGAACACACUGCUGACCUGGAAGCGAAAUACAACUUCAGACAAGGAUAAGAAGGAAAUCCUGGAAACUCUGGUCAGACUCUACUAUACUCUGGGGGUAGCCUGGCUCCUACAAAACCAUGGCAAACAGGCCUACAUCCACCUGCAGAAAGCAGAGAGAAAUAUGAAGGAACUGAAAGAAUUAAACAACGGUAACAUUUGUGGAAUCCAAGUCUCGGAGAAAGACCUAACCAUUGCUUUGGGGAGAGCCUCCUUGGCUAUGCACAGGAUGAACCUAGCCCUGGCGUACUUUGAGAAGGCAAUCUGCGAUGUUAUCCUUGACAAGGGUCACAACACGUCAGAGCUGAUUAGUUUGUACGAAGAAAUCGCUCAGAUCGAGCAGCUGAGGAAGAACCACAAACAGGCCAUCCAGUACUUGCAGCAGGCCUAUUCUAUCUGUGUUUCUUCGUUUUCUGAAGUCAGCCCCCAAACUGCUGAGGCGAGUGCUUUACUAGCGAAAGCGUAUGCCAUGUCUGGAGCAUCCGAGUACAGGGAUGCGGUUGAGAUAUAUUUUAUAAGAAGUAUUAGUACAUACCAAACUCUGGGCUCAGAAGACUAUGAAACUCUUACCGCCAUUGAAGACUUUUGUACGUGGCUCAUCGAAAAUGGUGAAAAACAGGAGGCUUACAGACUUCUAAAGUCUACCCUGAAUUCUGGCAACUUUGGGGACUGCGGCAAAAAGGUAGCUGAAACCUUUUAUAACAUGGGCAGCAUCUGUUUUGCCAAGGGAGAACUCGGAGAAGCAAUUGAGCUACUGAGCAAGUGUCUGAUGAUUCAGAGUCUUGUCUAUGGAAGUGAACACAUUAAGAGCAUAGAGACUAAAAGCCUCCUUUCCCUAUUGCAGAGGGCAAGUUUAUCCAGAUGGAAAAAAGUAGCUGCUCCAGGAAAGAAGAAAAGUGCAUGCAGAGACAGAAUGGAGUGAAGGAGGGCGAUGCCCAGGACGAAAGCUACUGUGGGUUGAACACAACCACGUGCUGAGAGGGCUGGAGAACUGCACCAGAGUCUCAGUACCUCACUGAGCAGUUUAUCAAGGAACACGCUAAUAGACUGGAAGUGGUUUCAGUCACAGCCUGUUUACAGCCACCGAAACUGCUUUGUGAGUAACGCUUGAGUCUCCUGCGACAUCUGCCUUGAUCUGAUUGUAUGCUAGAAUCAGAAAGGACCUUAUUUUAUAAGUGACCUGUGGAUAGUAGAAAAGAGAUUAAGGCAUUUGUUUAAGGUUAGUCUGGUAGUUAUUCCUGGAUUAUAGAUGGGGCUUCCUUUCACACUGCCUCCACCAAUCUAAGGAUUUUAAAAACUUUAGAAAGGGGAGGGCUGGAAAGAUAGCAUAUCAAGGGGUAUAAGCAUGAAUACCUAUAUUCGAGCACUGAAGCCAUGUAAGAUAGAGGGCUGCAUGUGGUGGCAUGUAUCCGUAAUCCCAGCACUCCUAGGAGACAUGAGAGGCAGAGACAGGAGAAUCUCCUGGGAGUAAAAGCUGAUGGGCCAGCUUAGCCUGGAGUAUUGCUGCUGCAACAAAAUUAUGUUAUUUUUCAUGUAUGCAAAAAAGGCAAGAGAGAAAUUUCAUAUUAGUUUAGACAACUUUAAAAAAAAAAGCCCCCCUUCAGCUUGCUACCUGAAUUGACUUAAUGGAAUUCAAAGACUUUGUCUUUGGGAAACUUAGUGUCUCGCUACCAAGUACCCUUUCAAUUAGUACUCACAGAACAUUUCCGUUCUUUAUUCAAGAACUAACUUGUUCAGCCUGUAAAAUCCAGUAAUCAUACAAUUCCAAGUGAUAGGAAGUGAUGAGCAGUGUUUGGCUGUGGCCAGAGCACACAUAUACCAUUUCAUAUCAAGGCUAGCCCACAGACUGGUUGGUUUUCUCUGGGCUGCUGCCAUCUUUUCCCCAGAAUGCCUUAGUCUGGCAGUCAGAAUCAAAGUCCCCAGGUGCAGUCCUGACUCUGCUUUUUUAUCAUUGAUUGUUUGCUGGUUACUCGGCUUGUCAUUGUUAGCUUCAGUCCCGCCUGGAGAUGGAACUUCUGCUCUCAUCCAGAAGUUCUGAUUGCCUCAAGUAGCAUCGGAAGAGUUGUCUCCACUUCCAUAUAGUGGUUUAUUGUGGGGAGCGGGUGUGGCGGCAGUCCCAAAGGCGCCAGGGACUGCAGCUAAGUCAUAUGACUUGCACCUGACUUCCUCAUAUAAGACACAAACAUCUUGAGUGCUGCGCAGGUGUACCAGGAUACAGGUGAAUCCAAUUUGGUGGAGAUUUGCCCCUGCUGCACUGAUUAGCUGAAGCCUCGUGACUGGCGAGGGGGCGUGGCCUGCGGUGCGUGGAUGAGAGAGAGUAUAAAAGGAGUGAGAGGCCCAGGGUUCGGGGGAGAUAUAAACAAGAAGAAUCAGGACUGAAUAAACUGCUGUUAGAAGGACUGGUGGUCGCGUCGUUCUUGCUGGUCGAGAGCGGGCGCGACAGUUUAUGGAUUUGGGAAAGAUAGAGACACAAACCACUGUGGUAACUGUGUGUUUAGAGGUAAGAGUAGUUUCACCAACUUAAAAUCUUAUUGCUUUGUGAACUCAAAGAAACAGUAGAAAUGCUGAGUAUAACGUAACCUAAUUUUGAAAUUGCACUAUCUUUGGAAAACUAGGUAAGUACCAAGCUGCUUUCUAAAUUCAAUCAGUUGGGAGCCAGCAAGUGGAUUCCACAAUCAAACUCUUGAUGUUUUCUACAUCCAAGUGCUAACCAGGGCCAACUCUGCCUACCUUCCAAGACCAGACUAAACUCUAUAUGUUUGGGGUAGUAUGGCUGUAGACAUAUGCAUACAGUUGCUAAUGGGCCUGAACUACACUACUCUUUUGAAUUAGUUAGUAGACACUGGCAUUUUGGGGUGUAUGAGGUUAAGUUAUUUUCUUAUGAUCUCCAUAUCGAGUUAGAAGAAAUCCAAGCCCAAAUCAGACCAUGUCAUAUGGAGACGUUUAAGCAGUUUUAGCAAAGUUUCUGCAACCUGUCCAUCAGCUCGUUGUACUUAAGAUGUGAGUCAUCAAUUCACUCCUUCGUAUCAAAGUUCCACCUGUUCAGAGACCAGACAAUACUGUUCCAACCUAGUUAGUAACAGCAACCAAACCUCUCGGAUAAUAACAGCAAGCAAAACCUUUCAGACAGUAACAGUAGGAAGGAAGACUAUUUAGGAACCAAACUUCUAUAUCAUCCCUAGAGGGACAGGCCACAACCCUAAUAGAUAGGACUCAUCUUUUUCAUGAAAGGGUAAGGCACUUCUCUGAGUUAAUUUAGUCAGUUUACAAUCCUGAAUUUCUUUAGCUUUACCAAGGGUAUCUAUAGCUAUCGUAUACGAAUCCAUAAGCUAUUUAAUUUCACAAGAAAAACAUAUUGCAAAGGUAAUCAAAACUCCUAUCCAUAACAGAUUUGCACAUUCAAGUACUCCUAGCGUUCCUAACUGCAGCACUGUCUAUUUGCCACGCUCUCCGGUUGAGUCAGCUUGACAGGCUGAGGCUUAAAAGCUACUCAUGAGGCAAAAGAGUUUCAUAGAAACUCGCUCCUGGA